GGCCGGGAGGCGGGACGGAGUGUCGCCGCGGGAGACCUUCGAGCGGUGCUGGUGUUUCGGACCAUGGUGCAGCUUUACAACUUGCACCCGUUCGGGUCGCAGAGAGUAGUGCCCUGCAAGCAGGAGCCGGCGCAGUUCUGCUGCGGCCACGACGUGCUGUUCGUGGCCAGCGCGGCGGCCAGCUGCGGGGUGGAGGUGUUCGCCGUGCGCCGCGAGGGCCGCUGCGAGCCCUUGGGCUCCUUCGCCACCCUGGGCCCCGUGCUGCGCAUGGCGUACAGCCGUGCAGGAGACUAUUUGGUGACGAUUGAAGAGAAAAGCAAAGCAACUUUCCUAAGAGCUUAUGUGAACUGGCGAUGCAUGUCUGCAGGGAGUUCUCGUGUUUGUGUCCGGAUGGUGGGUCACAAGAUGGCAGAGUCCUACACCGAAACUUUAAAAGAGCAAAUGUCGAUAGUGGAAAUGGCACUUUCAGAUCCUCCGCUGUGUAUUUCAUGUUGUCCUGUAAAUGGAGAUCUUCUUGUGGGCUGCAAGAAUAAGCUAGUCAUGUUCUGUUUGAAAUACCUGGUCAUAAACCAGAAUUUGACAGUAUUAGACUUUGAACGCUCCUUAAUUUUUCACAUUGAUAACUUCAUUCCUGCCGAAGUUGCAUUUUGUGCUAGACACAUAGCGAUAACAACAGAACUGGAUGUUCUAAUCCUGAAACUGGACGUGAUCCAGCAAAGUGCAGACAGGGGAGAGCAAUGCACAUAUCAAGUUAGUACAGAAGAAAAGCUGGUGGAUGGAGGUAUAAAAGAUGAAGACCUUGCAGCGCAUAGUUUGCAGCUUGAAUUAGAUGAGUUCGUCGUAUGUCAGAAGCCAGUGGAACUGCUUGGGGAAGAAAGUAAGCUUUGUAAGAUACCCAUCACACUUGAGUCCACGGAGUUGUCUACAGAAGACAAAAAGCACUUUCAAGUGCAGUAUCUCCUUUUCAGGCAUUUUACACCAGACCAGUCCCCUUUUGGCUUUUGUGAAGAGACAAAGCUGCACUCUGUUCAGUUCCUCCCUGUUUACCAGACAGGGAGUUCUGUGACAGCAAAUGAGGAAACCGAGAACAAGAGAGAACUACUGAGUCUCUUCUGCUUUUCUUUGCCUCAUGUUGGAUAUCUCUACUCUGUUGGGAAGUUAGUAGAACUGAUUUCUACUUACCAGUACUCAGAGAGGUCAGAGCAGGCAGUUCUUACUCCACAGUUCCUGCAUGUCAUUACAAGUGAGAGCCUGCAGUGUUACACAGUGCGGUGCAGUGCAGCAGCAGCUCGCGAUGAAGAUCCAUACAUUGAUACAACUGUGAAGGCCUGUCCACCUGUCACAUUGGAUGUCUGCACAUUACGAAUGCAGCUUUUUAUAGGGCCAAGAGCUAUUUGUCAUUACAAAAACCAUAUAAUUCUUCUGACUAAGGCUGAUACUGAAGAUAUUACUGAAAGACGAAAGCCUUCAAGAAGGAUGCUUUCCAGAAAGGCUGAUAGCAACAAAUCCAGAACCAAUUCUGAAUCAGAGCCUGGCUGGAAUUUGUAUAUUAUAAACACUGUUUCAACCAUCCAACUUUACAGAGAAAUGGUAGAUUAUAGUAGAACUUAUGAAAAUGUAAGAACUGAGAGUUGCAUCCAUCUCCUAAGCGAGGCUCACUUACUAGUCAGAGCAGCAAUAAUGGACCCUAGUUUCUUUAAGUCAGAUGACAAAGAAGAACUUCUGAGAGCAUUCAGAGAAAGUUGUGCCUUCCUAGGAGACUGCUACAGCAGGUUUGACACAAAGGAUUACCACCUCGCUUUGCCAUACUACCGAAUGUCAGGUUUAUCUGUGGCUGAAGUUUUGGAGCGACUAGCUUCAGAAAGUGAUGAAAUACAGACAUAUGAAAGAGGAUUAAUAUUUUAUUUAACUCACUCUCUUAAUGAAGAGUUAAAUGAAGAAUUAAGCAAGGAAUUGGCAGAUAAAGUUCUCCAGAUAUUCUAUCUUGCUGACCCCAUGCAGCUGCCUGAUAUCAUCUGCAGUCCCUGCAUGAAGAAUGUAUGUCCUCUGACAGCUGUGAAGUAUCUUUGUAAAGUAGAAGACAUUAUGCCAUCAGUGGUCCUUACGCUUACUAAGGCUUUCAUGGCUCUGAAAAUGGGAGACCUUACGAUGUACGAAUGUGAGAUGAACUCCCACAAGGAGACAAUGCUGGCCUGUGGCUUCAUUGGGCAACCAAAACUCCUGGGAGAGUAUAGAGAAGGAAUUGUUAUUCCAACUGAAUUUGCUGUUCACCUGAAGGCGAUGCAACCUGGAUUACUGGUGGCUGCCACUGUGGCUUUACAUGAGAACAGUAAAAUCGAACUGGAAGAAGCAGAUAUGUUUUUCAAGAUGUUGUGUAAUAAUGGUGAAGACAUGGUUCCUCAACUUUUGGUAGAUUUCUGGGAAGCUCUUCUUGUAGCAUGCUCUCGGGAAGAAGUACUUCAGGAGCUCUUAUUGAGGGUUACUUAUCAGUACGUUUGGAGGAUAUCAAAGAAGCAACUCCCUGAGACUAAGCCAUUGAAAACAACAGAGGAUCUGAUAAACUCCUGUGAUCAUUUUGGGUCCAUUUUCCCAUGGGUUACUUUCAUAAUGUCAAUGGAAUCUCUACUUGAUAAAGAUUGCCCUGAAGAUAUUUCAAAGCUACAGUCUAUUUUAUGUGGUCAAUCAAUAGAUAUAACUGCAGCUCUGCCUAUCCUGGACCCUCUGGCAGAGGCUGGCCAUGUUGGCCUCACCGUUCGUGUUCUCUGCAGUACCCGUCUGGGCAAGUACGAGGAGUCCAUUGACCAGCUCCUCAGACAGUGUCCUGCUGCAGCUGUGUUAUAUGCUCAGCAUGAGCUGAAAGAUGACAGUCGGGCUGUAUGGUGGAACAAGCUGCUCCCAGAACUUUGUGAGAGAGCCAGACUUACCAGAAGUGACUGUCCUGUUCUUAUUUCGUCAUUACAAGAAACUUUGUCAGUAGUUGCAAUGGAACUGGAACUAUGGGAUUUCCUUAGUCUUCUACCAGAGGAUGGAACUGCAGCAUUUUUCCUGCCACAUCUUCUUCACUGUAGCCAAAGGAAACAACUGAUGUAGACACAAUGAAAGUAAGCCUAUGCGUUCAGAUACCAAGAAUAUGCUAGAAUAAAAAAGAACAUGAAGGAGUAGUAUGUAAGAAGCAGCUCUGUGGAUCCACCUACACAUCAAUCACCUUCUUUUUGAGUUAAAACCUUAUAGCAAUUAUUGAAUGUUAUUUGAGGGAGAGCAUUGCUUUUGAAGUUAAUAGUAUUAUAUUUUGACAAAGGUUAGCAAACUAGAAAAGUUCCUGCCAGGUAGAACUGAGUAAAUGUUGGCCAGUUUAAAAAUAAGCUAUUCAAUUAGUAGGCAGAGGUGACUCAAUCUAGAAGGCCAAAACAACUUUAAAAAAACAAACAAAAAACAAAAGGAACUGUACAAUGCAACUGGACAAACUCUAUUUGCUGAAAGUCAACUAGGUCUUAAUUGCAUGCUAACUAGUUAGGUCACUGGCCUAGGGAAGAUCUGAAGCUUAGCUGCAUCUUUAAUUGUAUAAGUGCCUAACACUUCAAAGUAGAACUGGGCUACUUAAGUUUGAAUUCCUUUGAAUUCCAGCUGGAAAAACUGGUCAACAGUUCUACCAUCUUUGACACUUGUUUGUGCAAGUGUUCUACUGUAAAGGGCUUUCAUUUAGCAGUUAGUGGGAAAAGGCCAUAAAUUAAAGAGAUGGAAAUGUUCCUAAGUGGGGUGGGUGAUACAGACUACUUCUUUCUUACUCUUUAUGUUCUCUUUUUUCUGCUGUGCUCAGCUGGUACUGAGAAGUAUUUCAAGUAUCACUAGGUCGCAAACCUAGAUGAAAACUGUUUCUUCCAGGUCUGCUGGUGAGUGUCUUGUGUCUAUGCGUGUAUGUAUUGAUAUUUGUCUUUCUUUCAGCCAGAAUACAUCCCUGUGUUUUUCCAGCUGGAAUUUAGUCAUAAUAAACUUUGACCUUCUUA